AUGGCCCUCCUCUUCGUCUUCUACUCCCUCUUCUUCCUCUCCUUUCUCCUCGUAAUCCGCCACUUUUACCAUAAUGCCCUUGGCCCCAACCCCAAAGUAUCAUACUUAGGGCCUAAAGCUUAUCCCAUUGUCGGCAGCCUCAUCGAGUUCAUGCUUAAUCGCCACCGGUUCCUGGAAUGGACGACCGAGCUCCUCUCCCGGAGCCCCACUCAGACGGUCACACACUGGCGACUAGGCCGUGUCCCGGAUGUCGUGACUGCUAAUCCUCUGAACGUAGAGCACAUGUUGAAAAACAAUUUCGAGAAUUACCCUAAAGGUCCUAGGUUCAUCUCCUUUCUGCAUGAUUUUCUCGGCGAUGGCAUCUUCAACGCCGAUGGCGACACAUGGAAGAUCCAACGCAAGACGGCGAGCUUUCAGUUCAGCACGAAGUCGCUGAGGACCUUCAUGCUCAGCGUGGUGCAAAGCGAGAUUAACCAGAGGUUGAUCCCUCUACUCGAAUUCGUGAGUUCGAGUCAGAAAUUGAUCGAUUUGCAGGACGUUUUGGAGAGAUUCGCAUUCGAUAAUGUCUGCAAAGUGGCUUUCGGCAGCGAUCCAGCAUGCUUGGGGGAAAAUGCCUUCUUAGCUGCUUUUGAGGAGGCAACGGUUCUUUCCGCAUGGAGGUUCCUCGGCAUUGUACCCCACUUCUGGAAAGUUCUGAAAUUCUGCCACGUGGCAUCCGAGAAGAAGAUCAGCGAUUGUGUACGUGUCGUCCACGUCUAUGCCAACGGGAUUGUCCGGGCCCGCUAUGCCGGGAUGGAAUCCAACGACCAGGACCUCAUGUCACCCUCAGCCGCCGAUCAAAUGCUUGGAUCCUCUGACAAGCAGAUGAACGAAAUGAAUGGUCAGGAUCUGAUAUCGCGCUUUAUGGCCGAUCAACGGUUUGGAUCUUCCGACGAGCUCCUCCGCGACGUGGUCAUAAGCUUCAUCUUGGCGGGGCGCGACACCACGUCAUCGGCGCUGUCGAGGUUCUUUUGGCUACUGACGUGCCACCCCGAAGUCGAAAAGAACAUCCUGGCCGAGAUCCAAAACAUUCGCGAAACGUACGGCCACGGCCAAAAUUUCGGCUACGAAGAACUGAAGGACAUGCAUUACCUACAUGCCUCGCUCACAGAGUCAAUGCGGCUCUAUCCACCGGUUCCAAUGGACUCGAAGCACUGCUUAAAAGACGACGUUUUACCCGAUGGAACUUUCGUUGGAAAAGGUUGGUUUAUAACGUACAGUGCGUAUGCCAUGGGCCGGAUGGAGGCGAUCUGGGGCCGAGACUAUGCCGAAUUCCGGCCCGACAGAUGGCUCCAAAAGGGGGUUUUUUCGCCGGUGAGUAGUUUCAAAUAUCCGAUAUUCCAUGCUGGGCCCAGGCUCUGCCUGGGCAAAGAUAUGGCAUACAUUCAGAUGAAGAGCAUAGCAGCGUGCAUAAUAGAGAGAUACGAGAUUAAAAUACCCGAGAGACAAAAAGACCAUCCCUAUACACUAUCUCUUACACUUCGUAUGCGGGGGGGCUUGCCAAUAUCUCUUAGAGAAAGACAAGAGAGUAUAGCGUACGGUGACAUGAUCGACGGCUCAGAUUCGUAG